AUGGCAAAAUCAAAAACUUUUCUUUCAUUAGUUAUAUUUUCUACAAUAUUCGUACAUGCUCAAUCAUUAUUAUUAUGCUAUCAAUGUGUUUCAACACAUCCAGGUUGUGGCACACCAUUUAAGUGGUUGUGGCAUAAAACAAUUUCUUGUCCUGAAGAAGAUGAUUUAUGUGUAAAAGUCAUUGAAAAAGUUGGAGCUGAAGAACGUAUUACUCGUGAUUGUUUGAGUUCAUUAAAAGGUUUUCGAACUGAUAUUCCAGCCGACAAGUAUGAGGGUUGCAGAAAGAGUUCUGUGGAUGUUAAGCUAGGCCACUAUGUGAAUAACUCAAUACCUGAAUUGGAUAUUAAACGAGACUAUUACGAUUCAACUACCUGGUGCUUUUGUUAUUUUGAUCAUUGGUGUAACUCAGCUAACAUGUCUACAUCUUCCAAUUUGCUUAUAGUGUUGAUAAGUAUAUUUUUUUUUGUUCGUAAUAUUGAUCAAUGA